UUGUGUGUGUGGCCCAGCCCCCUGUUAGAAGGCGUCCCUCGGUUCCUUUGAGGGGUCUGUAGCUGGCAGCAGGAUCCCUGACAUCAGUGUUGCUCCCCGGCUGCCUGCUGUCUCCAACCAUGGCCGCACAGCUGGUUGUAGCUCUGCUGGCUUUCACCUCCCUGAGCGCCGCCGCGUCCGAGUCGGACUGCAAGGAGCUGGUGAAGCCUCUGGUGCUGGACAGCCACAGCCCUAUCUAUGGAAAGUGGGUGCUCCACGUCGGCUCCUGGGACAAGCACGACCUGAAGACCGACCUGCUGUCGGUGCACAGCUCCUGGGUGGAGCUGUCCCCCACCUCCGACAGCGGAGUCAUCUCCCUGUACUGGGCCGACCGUCUUAGCGAAGAGAAGUGCCUUCAGGGUGCAGCAAAUGUCUCCAUAUCGGGAAUAACAAGCCACACCACUUUUAUAAUCAACGGCCACACUUCCUAUCACGAUGGGAAGUAUUACGAGACGUGCAGCGACUGCCUCCUGUCUGAGGACACCACCCUGCUGCCUGACGGGAAAUCAAAAGGCCGAUACCUGUUUCUGUUCACGCGGACCGGAGCUCUGGAGCCGUCCGAGCUGGAAACCUUCAAAAAGCAAGCAGAAUGCCUGGGAUUUCUCCCACAGUAUCACUUCGUAAGCACAGAUCUGUGUCCAGACGACAGGGGGGAGAGCACAUCACCUGCUGAUAGGAAAACAGAGACGGAUCAAGCCGAGAAUCAGCCAGCUGAGGAUUAAAGCCCGGAGUCGUCCCGGCUCUGCGGGGAGCCUCCAUGGAUCCAGUUUAACAUGCACUAAACUGCGUUAUCAUGUUGCAGUAGAUCAACUCGUUGUAGUUUAAACUGAACAAUUAAAUCCCAUUAAAACUGAUUUAAUUU